UGUUUUUCCAUUCGCCACCCGCCAGUUUGAGGCUGAAGCAGAGGAAAAGGAACUUGCCUCCUGCUUCUCCCAGCUCAACUCCUCCCUCUUGCUGAGGACAGGAAACAUGUCCAGGCUGUUUGGAGUUUUGAAACAGGAAAGGACGGCUGCCUGCCAUUCCGGCUGGACCUGCAGAGAGCAGACGGUUUUUCUCUUGCCAUCCUCCAGUUUAGCCAGAGGGCAGGAGAAGCUGGAAUGGACAAGGGGGACGAGGACCCUGCAAGCGAGAGGUUUGGGGGUGAUGCGCCCGACGAAGGAGCAAUCCUCCGCUACGAAGAGCAUAUCACAGGGCUGUUGGUCACUAUUGCCCAUCUCCACGGCCGAAUUGAGAGCCUGCAGCGGAGCAAGGCCAGGGAGGACGACGACCUGUGUUCUGACCUGUGCUCUGAGUACACAGCAAGUCUCCCACGAUGUUCUCUGCCGUUCCCAAAUCCAGCCGCAGCCCUGCCUCCUCCGGCAGCCCAUUCUGAAAGAGGCGACCUUUUCCUUGAUGUCCACAAGGCCGUCACGUCCCUGGAGAACACCGUCUUUGCCCACCGGAGCCGCCUCCCCAGCGCCAAGGCAGAGCUGGAAGGAUGCCUGGAGCCUGCAGAGGGCCUGGAAGAAAGCCUGAGGAGAUUCCAAGGAGGCGAGAAAGAUCCCUGGCCCCAGCCGGACCCGGAAGCCCAGAUGUCUGGAGCAGGGUUCCUGGCAGAUGGGAUGAGCAUCUACGAGAGAGAAAUCGCCUUGUACAAAGAGAGGAACGCUGUGCUCCGUGAAGAGUUGGAAGGCAGGGACGGCGAAAUCGACAGAUCAAAAGCUGCCCUCUGCUCUUACCAGGAAGAGAGGGAUAAGCUACACAGGAAGGUCAAAGAUCUCCAAGGGGCCCUCUCCGAGAUGGAAGCACUUCCCUACGGAGCCACCAGCCCGGUCAGGGAGAAAGAGUCCUUGGGAUUGCAGGACCCACUCAUGACAGCCCAAAACUUUGCCUGCUGUUUCCGAGGCGCCCCCAGUGCCCACCCCGCCUGCUGCCUGCACCCCGGGCAAGGCCCACCUCCUGAGGAGACCCCCGCGAAAGGCAUGGAAGAUCAAAGGCAGGAGCUGCGUGGAUUCACCGAGAAGCUCCAAGGCCUCAACCAGCUCCUCUCAGUAACGCUGCAGGAGUCCAAGGGCGACAUGGAGGGCAUCAGUUUGCUGCUGGGACAACGGGAAUCUGAGGAGACCGCCCUGCGCUUGGCUGUCCGGUGCAGUGAACGCUGCUUGGAGGCCUACGAGGUGCUGCUAUCCUUGACAGCAACAAAACUUCACCCCAAAACAGAGGAAGGAGGAGAAGAUGGAGGUCUGUGCCAUGCAGGGCGGUUGUCGGAGGUGAAAUUGGCAGUGUUGGGUGAAGCCUAUCGGUCUCUGCGACGUUGCGGCAAGGAAGUCUCUGGGGGGCCUGGUCUCAGCUGCUUGGAGCAGAGGCUCUCAGAGCUGUGCCGUUCGGAAGAGGGCGACAGGAACGUGUUGCGGGGAUACAUCUGGCGCCUGAGAGAGGAACAGGCCUCUCUGAAGCUCCCACCUUGCCGGCCACCUCCCGGGCCUGAUUCUGCCGCAGCCAGAAUCAGCUCCCGGAUCGGGACCAAGGUGGCCGCGGUCCAGAAAGCCUUGCGGGAGACGCUUCCCUCCGAGGCAGCCCCACCCAGGAUGGAGAAGACACGUUUGCUGCAGGAGUUGCAGGAGGCGAGGGAGGCCUUGGGAGACCUGAACACCCGCUUGCACCUGACGGAGAAGGAGAAGCAUAGACUGGCGCUGCAGAUGUACACUUUUCGGGCUCAGGAAGCCGCCUGCCUGCUGAUGGCCCGGAUCCUGCAAGGGGAGCGCGAUGAGCUUUGUGGGCAGCAAACGGCAUCGACAGGAAGCAGCAGCAGCAGUGGAGAGGACUCCUCAGAGGAUUUUGCCUCCAUCUGCACUUCCAAGAGGAACGCUUCCCGGUCUUCUGACGAUGGUGGAGUAGAGCAAUCCGGCAAGGAAGGCAAGACGGAGGCGUUGAAGCUUCUUAACACUCUGACACGCGUAAACGGCAGGAUCGAGGAGCUCAAAGACCGGAUCAGCUCCCUCUUGGCUGAGCUGGAAGAGAGAAGCCAGGACAGCAGAGCCCAGGAGGCACAGCAGAUGGAGCUCACGAGGGACUUUUUCAAAGCACACAGUGCCCUCGUCCUUGCCUACCAGAACGGCCGCAAGAAGCAGGAAGCCCAGUUGCACCAGCUGGAGACGCAGAUCAGUCUGAUGGGUCAACGCCAAGCUGGGCAGUUGCAGUCGCUGGUGCGAACCCUCCGCAGGCUGGAGGGCAGAGCGGGCAGCCCAGCCUCCACUUAGCACAAGCCUUGCUCAGGAAGGAAGGGCAGGAGGCUCCCUGUCCUGUCGGGAGAGGAGGGGGAAAGGGCAGCUAAACAUGACCCUAUUUCCAUUGGAGAAAUGUUGGAGGGUCUGGAGUUAUGCGUCCCCCAAGCCAAGGAGAUGUCACUAAACAACCGCCUCUCCUGGUCUGCCCCGCAGAGGACCUUAAGGUCCA